AUGAGUCUGGUCGGAACCUAAAGGGAGAAAGAGCGCGCCGGAGUGUUUUUCAAAAGAAUUUACGGAAAAUUUAAGGCCCUUUUCUCCCCCGAUACAUUCGUUUUAACUACACGUUGGGGAAUCAUCUUCGAACUUCAUGGCAAAUCUAUCGGCGUGCAACUCGAUCGUAAUGUAAGUGCGCGAAGAGAGAAAAGGCGAAAAUCGAAAAAUAACAAAUUAUAAGGGUGUUGUCGCGAUCGCGCGAGACGCAAGUGGACGUUGCAGUUUCGUGAGAAGAAAUCGCUAUUCGGCGCGAUAACAAGCGAGAUAAUUCUGAAAUCUGACGAUAAGCAGAUAGAGAAGUGAAUCAGGCAGAUGAGAAGCGGCGGAUGAAAGUAUCGAUGACACUACCGCUAGAGGAAAGGAUAUAAUUCGGCAAAGGUUCGCCACUUCCCUUCUUUCUUCGAGAACUUUUGACGCGGCAAUCUAUCCGAGCACCGCCCUUCACGGUGGUGGCUUAAGGAUAUCACGAAGGAUCCAGAAUGCGUCCCGGCCUUUCCCGUGAACUUGUCGGGAGUAUCAGACCCUUUAUCGGGAACAGAGAGAAAUGAAGUUAUCAGUGUCGGCUUACACAGCUCAAGCCAGUGCUCACAAGAAUCUCUGCAGCUAUCAACAACAACGUAGCUACGGGGCCACAAAUCAAGCGUCCGCGGCCCGGACCCCCUCAGACCUCGCAACGGUCCUUCCUGCCCUCAAGGUGGAUCGGGGGGAGAAGGAGGAAGGACAAGGAGAGGGUGGUCCGGUGCCGUCUUCAGCGGGUUACAGCGGUGCUUCCGGUUCGAGAAUGGGCCCCGGACCCGAUUCUGGCAGCAGCGCUCCCUCUUCGGUUCCCCAGUCGUUGGCUACCUCAAGGGACGACGAAGAUGACGAGGAUGAUGACAGCAGUAGGCGGUCGAAUGGCCACGGAGGAUCGAGAACAAAGAGCAAUCAACGGUGGAUGAAACUGCGCACAACGGUGCAAUUAUCUUCCGCGAUCUCUACGAUUCAGAAGAAACCACCACUGAAGCGCGAGGACUCGUUCCUGAAGAGGUUUUCCACCAGACAAAUACCGGAGAGCCAGGAGACCCUCGACACUGGCGAGGGUGAGGGGGAUGCGAACGACGGUAAGGAAAUAGGCAGUCGGCGCCGUAGACGACCUCGUAGACCUCAAAAGCCUCCCAAGACCGUGGUCAAUCCGGAUGAGAACUUUUAUUACUAUUGGCUGAUGCUGCUGUCGGCCUGUGUUCUCUACAACCUGUGGACGCUGAUCGUCCGUCAAAGUCUGCCCGAACUGCAGGCUGUGGCGCCCACAGUUUGGCUCGCUUUCGACGGUUUUACCGACGCGGUCUUCUUUUUGGACGUGGCCGUGCAGUUUCGCACCGGCUACCUGGAGCAAGGCCUGAUGGUCUACAAUAGCAAGAAACUAGCUGGUCAUUACCUCAAGUCCAAGUCCUUUGUGCUGGAUCUGCUGGCACUGCUGCCGCUCGAUCUGCUACAGGUGAAUCUCGGUAGCAACCCCAUGCUGAGAUUCCCCCGAUUCCUCAAACUCUAUCGGGUGUAUAAUUACUACUACAUGGUGGAGUCGCGCACAGUUUAUCCGAAUCUCUGGCGUGUGCUCAAUCUUAUUCACAUACUGCUCAUACUGGCACACUGGUUCGGCUGCUUUUACUACCUGCUGAGUGAGGCCGAAGGCUUCCAGGGCGACUGGGUGUACCCGUACCGGCCGGGCGAAUACGCCACCCUCACCAGGAAAUAUCUCGGCUCCCUCUACUGGUCCACGUUGACGUUGACGACCAUCGGCGACCUGCCCACACCGGAGACCAACGCCGAGUACGUCUUCACGAUAGUCAGCUACUUGAUCGGCGUCUUCAUAUUUGCGACCAUCGUCGGCCAGGUCGGCAACGUCAUCACCAACAGAAAUGCAAAUCGGCUCGAGUUCGAGAGACUCCUGGACGGCGCCAAGACUUACAUGAGGCACCACAAGGUGCCGGGUGGUAUGAAACGCCGAGUGCUGAGGUGGUACGACUACAGUUGGUCGCGCGGCAGGAUACAAGGCGGCGGUGAUAUCAACACCGCUCUCGGUCUACUUCCGGACAAGCUCAAAACUGAGUUGGCGUUACAUGUGAAUCUCUCAGUGCUGAAGAAAGUUACUAUUUUCCAGGAAUGUCAGCCGGAAUUUCUGCACGAUCUUGUCUUGAAGAUGAAAGCGUACAUUUUCACCCCUGGUGAUUCGAUAUGCCGGAAGGGCGAGGUCGCUCGUGAAAUGUUCAUAAUAGCCGACGGUAUUCUAGAGGUGAUCAGCGAAACUGGCAGAGUCCUCACGACAAUGAAGGCCGGUGUUUUCGGCGAAAUUGGUAUACUCAAUCUGGACGGAUUGAAUAAACGCACAGCCGAUGUUCGUUCAGUGGGUUACUCCGAGCUGUUCAGUCUUUCUCGGGAGGAUGUGCUGGCGGCAAUGAAAGAUUAUCCAGAGGCGCAAGAGAUUCUGCAAAACCUCGGCCGGAAACGACUGAUGGAGGCGCAGAGAGUAGCGCGAGCAUCGCGUCAGCCCACCUCACCUGGGCACGAUUCGUCCGACAACAGUACCGGCAAGAGAAUCGUUGAUAAGCUGAAAAGUGAUGUAAAAGGUCUGAAAAACGUUCUCAGGAAAAGCAGGCGCAACACGCGACCGGAAGAAAGCCUGGAGCUUCAACCGUUGGCGCCGAAAAUUCCGACUUUGAAAAGACAGCAGAAAAUCGAUGAGAGUCCGGAUCUGUCUUUGCCCCAUAAUCAGGAGCCACCAAUAUCACCGUUAGGCGCUGGCCUUCCAUUACUAUCGAGACUCAGGCUGCUAAAGGAAAAGGAAGAGAGAGAGGAACGGCGCAACCUAAUGGACACACCAAGCCACGUGAUAGAGCCACAAUUACUGACUUCGGAAACUUUGAAUCCAACUAACCCGAAUCUACCAUUCUUGCAAAGGAUACUUCUGUUGAAGGCGAAGAACGAGCAGGAAGCCAUUCAAGCGGAGAAGGAAGCACCCACCAAAGAACCUAUGUUGACCAAAAACACUAUUCCCGAGGAGACGAGCACGCAAUCCGACGAACCGCCGUCCUCGGAUGGUCAGACUAGUGUUGUAACCCCUGUGACUUCGGAGGCCGAAACAAGAAAAAUAAAUAUAGUCAAGAAGCCUUGGACCACACUGAAAAACGCAUCGUUGACUACCAAGGACAAUUCGCCGCAGAAAAGCCCGCCAACCAGGAAACUGCAGCAAACCAAAAUGUAUGCCUCGGUUGACGAUCUUUCGCCGGAGUACUGUGGCCUGCCGUUCGUCAAGAAGCUCAAAAUUCUCAAUGAAAGGCAGAAAUUGGCCGAGCUGGAGAAAGCGGUCAGAAGUUCGUCCCUCGAUUGCGGUGAGAAUGCCGAGUCGGAGUUUGAUGGCAACCUUACGAGGAGUCACUCAGAGGCCUGCGCUAUCGAGUACGCCAGAAAACUGGCCAAGUACAAUCGGGAUCGACAAAUGGUGGCAUCACCAGUGGAACAAUUAUCGCCGGAAAACGAGACAUUAGAAAGGCGAAACCUGAAGAGCAUUUUGAAGAAGUUGUCGGCCAGCAGUAGAACUGGUAGUAGCGAAAUCUCGGUCACGAGCACACCAAAUCGCGAGGCCGCAACUGCCGAACUGAAGAGGCUGAUGAGAGCGCCGACGAUCGAGGGUUAUGCCGCGCGGCACUCGAAACUGUCUAAGAGCGUAACCUUCAAUAAGUACACACUGCAGAGUCCGCCAUCCGAGCAGCCCCUGCAGUUGUCGCCAAAUCAUGCGCUAUCCGAGUUCCAGGCUCAGUCGUCACUGCCGCCGCCCAAUAAAUUCAGUUUCCGUCCUGUGGGCAGUGUCGGCAUCCUACAAACGGUAUCUCGACCACGAGAAGAGGAAUGCCUGGGCGAACUACUUUCCGGAGUCGGUGAAAUUAUCAAGGCGGGCCUGGUGGAUAUGCAGGGCAAAUUCGAGCGACAGUUUACGUCGCUGGAGUUGGAAGUCCGUAAACGCGAUGAGAUAAUAUCGCAGCUGCAAACACGCAUCCAGGAGCUGGAGCGACGCAAACUACGCAGUGAAGAUGAUUCCGGCGGGGAUAGCACCGAGCACGAUGCUUCCAUAGAAGAAGACCUCGAUGACGAUCGCGAGGAUCAUCCCUUCAUGCGGGACAGUUCCGUGGAUACCGUCCUGACUACGCGAUCACGUGAUCGACAUUCGUCCUCGUCGGUGGGCUCGAGCUCACGUAGCAGGCGAUCGUGGGAAGAGCAUUCAGAAAGGGAGACAUUGGAGUUGCAAGAGCUGCCGAAUUCGAUAGUGCCGCAGAGAUUGUCACAAGAUGUAGCAAUUGACCUGGAUUCCAACAGUGACAGCAGGUCAGACGAUGGGUUUGAUGUCUGCGGCCGUCGUAAUGGUGAUAGCGAUGAGGGUGACGAAGAGGAUGAUGAAGAAGAGGACGAUGAGGACGAUGACGAAAAAAUUGUGCGACAGGACGGCUACAAUAACUGGGAAGUCGCAUUGCUGGCGAAGCAGCUCGAGGCGAGGAGAAGGAGUGGCGAUAAUGCUAGUCCGGGUUCCUAGCGCAUUAACGAGAUUCUAGAAAUACUGUGUUACCUCACAAAUACAAUACGCUCCGAUGGAUGGUGCAAUUCGCUGGCUGGGUCCAGCAGUAGUGCAGCUUUUUGCGAACACGACCAUCGCUCAUACUUACAAUUAGACUUCGAUAACAUGACUAGCUGCAGCGAGACUAUGAUGUAACCUGGUCGGUGGAUGUUAAUAUAUAUUUUUGUUUUUAAUACUUUUUUCUUUUUUAAAGAACACGUUGCAAAAGGAUCACCCAUGGAAGAUCGGUAAAAAGUUCUUUCUCACUCAGUAAAGCAUUAUGCUUAUGCCAUAAGCCUUCCAUGGAUGACCCUUUUGCAACGUGUUCUAUUUGACAUUUGUGAUAAGUUUCUAACUUGAUGAGUCGGCGAUCAUGUAUAAUAAUUUUAUUUUCUUAUAUUGCUUAUAAUAUUUUGCGAAGAUUAAACAAAAUGUUACCAGAGCAACGUUUUGCAGAGCAACGUUUGUAGAAUAAUUGUGUCGUGUAAGUUAUUUUUACGGAGAAUCGAUAACAUUUCAUAUUUUAUAUUUUGUAUGGUACUUUACUACAAAUGCGUAUAAAUAUACUUUCA